AUGACAAGCUCCUUUCUGAAGCACCUAAAUACAAGCUCAUCACUCCUUCCAUUCUGUCCAUUAGGCUUUUUUAACCUUUGGCUUCUUUUUCUUAGUACUUUGAUUCCCUCCUCCGGGCUUCUUGUUUCCAAGGAUCGUACUAACAGUGAAGCUACUGCGAUAAUGGAUUCUUGCUCUGUGACCUUGAAGGCCAAUGCUCCUGUGGUGCGAGUUGGCAAAGGAGGUUUCAAUGAUGGACGUCAUGGAUUCUGGGGAGAAAGGAUUAGAGGGAGUCUUAAGAACGGAUUUUGGGAUAUCAAGUCGACGAAGAGUUUGAGGACUGAAAAUGCGGGUAGAAAGAUCAAAUCUGGUGUUGUUUACUCUCUUCUUACAGCUGAUGUCAACAAAGAGGCUCUGACCUUUCAAGCACCGGUAUUUGUGAACUCGAAAGGAGACCCCAAGAACGUAGCUUCUAUUAUAUUGGGUGGAGGGGCCGGGACUCGUCUUUUUCCUCUUACCAGCAGAAGAGCCAAGCCAGCUGUUCCAAUUGGGGGUUGCUACAGGCUUAUUGAUAUUCCUAUGAGCAAUUGCAUAAACAGUGGCAUCAACAAGAUUUUCAUCCUGACCCAAUUCAACUCUGCCUCCCUCAAUCGUCACAUUGCUCGCACAUAUAAUUUCGGGAAUGGUGUGAACUUUGGGGAUGGUUUUGUAGAGGUUCUGGCCGCCACUCAAACGCCGGGAGAAACAGGAAUGAAGUGGUUUCAAGGAACAGCUGAUGCCGUUAGGCAAUUUAUGUGGGUGUUUGAGGAUGCCAAGAACAAGAAUGUUGAGCAUAUUCUGAUAUUGUCUGGUGAUCAUCUUUAUAGGAUGGACUACAUGGACUUUGUGCAGAAGCAUAUUGACACAAAUGCUGAUAUUACAGUUUCUUGUGUACCCAUGGAUGACAGCCGUGCAUCAGAUUAUGGAUUGAUGAAGAUCAAUAACACUGGACGCAUCAUCCAAUUUGCUGAGAAACCCAAGGGUUCCGACCUAAAAGCAAUGCAAGUCGACACCACUAUUCUUGGGUUGUCUCAGCAAGAAGCCAUGAAAUCUCCGUACAUUGCAUCAAUGGGAGUAUAUGUAUUUAGAACAGAGGUUCUAUUGAAGCUUUUGGCAUUGAAAUAUCCCACAUGCAAUGACUUUGGAUCUGAAAUCAUUCCAUCUGCUGUGAAGGAGCACAAUGUCCAAGCAUAUUUAUUCAAUGACUAUUGGGAGGACAUUGGAACAAUCAAAUCAUUCUUUGAUGCUAACUUAGCCCUCACAGAGCAGCCUCCCAAGUUUGAGUUCUAUGAUCCAAAGACACCUUUCUUCACAUCUCCUCGAUUCUUGCCACCUUCCAAAGUUGACAAAUGCCGGAUUUUGAAUGCAAUUAUUUCUCACGGGUGCUUCUUGAGGGAUUGUAGUGUUCAAAACUCUAUAGUGGGUGUCCGCUCACGUUUAGAGUAUGGUGUUGAGCUUCAGGAUACUAUGAUGAUGGGUGCAGACUAUUACCAAACUGAAUCUGAAAUUGCAUCUCUGCUGGCAGAGGGAAAAGUUCCAAUCGGCGUUGGACAGAAUACCAAGAUUAGGAAUUGCAUAAUCGAUAAGAAUGCCAAGAUAGGAAGAGAUGUGGUCAUUGCAAACCAAGAUGAUGUUCAAGAAGCAGAUAAGCCAAAUGAAGGAUUCUACAUAAGGUCUGGAAUCACUGUUAUAUUGAAGAAUUCAACCAUUAAAGAUGGCACAAUCAUUUAAAGUCUUCAACAUCCCCAUGGAUUUUCUCAUUGAAGAUGAGUUUGGAGUGUACGGAUAGAGCUGUUGGAGGAAGCUUGGAGGUUUCAGCUUUAUGUCACUUGAAAUAAGAUGGACUCUGUGCCAUUCUCUUGUGUAUAUAAAGAGAUCCCUUUUUGCUAGAAGAGCUUUCGAUGAUUGUACUAGACUGGUUAUGUUACUGAAUAAGAAUGAGGACUGCAGCAUGCUUGCUUUCUUU